AUGACCACCGACUCUCUAAGUGAGACUGAUUCAACAUGUCUCAUCAACAUCGAAAAUGACCAAAGCUAUCCUAGCGUUGUGAUCUCACAGGAUGAUGCCUUUUCAGAUACGCUACUUCAGGCCAUUCUCAGGGCUCGUGAUGCCUUUGGACGCAAUGUCACCCGCAGCGUGGACUUUCGCAUUGAUCAGCUGAAAAAGCUGCGAAAGUGCAUCGACGAAAACUAUGAAGAGUUUGUCGGUGCUCUCAAGGCAGAUUUCAGAAAGCCACGAAUGGAGUCCGUAAUCACCGAGAUUGAGUACGUCAAGAAUGACAUUCAGUAUCAGCUGGAUCACAUUCACGAGUACGUCAAGCCUCAGCACGUUCAAAAGGGAUUGGCCAAUUUUUUUGACGAUGCCUACGUCCACUAUGAUCCCUAUGGAGUGGUUUUGAUUUUUUCGGCUUGGAAUUAUCCCGUUCAAGUUCUGCUCUGUCCGCUGGUUGGGGCAAUCGCCGCGGGAAACUGCGCCCUUAUCAAGCCAUCUGAAGUGGCCUCCAACACUGAGAAGCUCUUUGCAAAGCUUCUGCCGCAGUACCUGGACCAGGACUGCUACCACGUCAUUACCGGUGGACCCGAGGAGGCGACUCGAAUGCUUCAGGAGCGUUUUGACCUCGUCUUUUUCACUGGCUCACCAGUCGUCGGUAAAAUUGUGUACAAUGCAGCAGCAAAAUUUAUGACUCCCGUCAUUCUCGAGCUGGGCGGAAAAAGCCCAGUGUACAUUGACGAGUCCGUUGGCUCACAGAUGACCGUGGCUGUCAAGCGAAUCCUCUGGGGCAAACUAGUCAACGCCGGACAGACUUGCAUUGCGCCCGACUAUGUCCUCUGCUCACCGGACGUGCAGGACAAGUUUAUCAAGGCCGCGAAGGAGGUCAUUGCCGACUUUUACAAAACUGAUCCCAAGCUCUCGGAGAGCUUUGCGCGCAUCAUCAACGUCAAAAACUUUGAUCGAAUCAACAGUCUGCUGAGCAAGACGACGGGAAAGGUGGUCAUUGGCGGAGAGACUGACAGGGAUGAGUGCUACGUGGCCCCUACCGUCGUCGCCGGCGUGUCAUCCUCUGAUUCACUCAUGAGGGAGGAAAUAUUUGGCCCAAUCCUGCCCAUUGUCACCGUGGACUCGGCUGAUGAGGCCAUCGCCUAUGUGAACCGUGGCGAAAAGCCGCUCACUAUGUACAUUUUCUCCAACAAAAAGGACGUUGUCGAUCGAUUCCUCGCGCGCACCUCCAGUGGAAGCACAUGCAUCAACGACACGCUAAUGCAAGCAUGUGUGCACGCCCUUCCUUUUGGCGGUGUGGGCAACUCGGGAAUUGGAAGCUAUCACGGACAGUUUUCCUUUGCCGCCUUCUCUCAUUCAAAAGCGGUUUUGGCCAAGGAUUACAAUCCCGUGCUAGAGUUUUUGGCAGCUGCCCGCUACCCUCCGUACACUGAAUCAAACACCAACCGAUUGAAGCUAUUGAUCGCUAAAUCACCACUUGACAAUUUAAAUAUGCGCAAAACUUUGUCGUACGCUUUCACUUUUGGCCUUGGCCUCGCCACCAUGUUGGCUGGAGUAUUCAUAUACAACAAGUAUGUCUGA